ACCUGUUUGGCUGUGAUAGGCUGAUGCUGAUCCAAUCACCGGCUGCUGUCUCGACCCUUCCGUACAUUCACAGUGUGAUUUAGCGCACACACAGCGGAACACGUUUGGUGUAGCCCAGCUUCCUGGCUCCCAACCGGCCCUCAGCACCUGCCCGCUGACAUCAGUGUACCUGAGGAUCUGCUGGCCCCCCACCCUCCCCAGAUGUAGAGGGAGUUGCCAUCUGCAGCAGCCGUGUACACAACUCUUGUGCUGUCCAGUGAAGUUGCCCACCAUGCGUGAGUACAAGCUAGUGGUGCUGGGAUCAGGAGGUGUGGGAAAAUCAGCACUGACAGUCCAGUUUGUGCAGGGCAUUUUUGUCGAGAAGUAUGACCCCACAAUAGAAGACUCCUACAGAAAGCAAGUCGAGGUUGACGGGCAGCAGUGUAUGCUUGAAAUCCUGGACACAGCUGGAACAGAACAGUUCACGGCUAUGAGGGACCUGUACAUGAAGAAUGGCCAAGGCUUUGCGUUGGUGUACUCCAUCACAGCGCAGUCAACAUUUAACGACCUACAGGACCUCCGGGAACAGAUCCUGAGAGUAAAGGACACUGAGGAUGUUCCCAUGAUCCUGGUGGGAAACAAGUGUGACCUGGAGGACGAGCGCGUGGUCGGCAAGGAGCAGGGUCAGAACCUGGCCCGUCAGUGGAACAACUGUGCCUUUUUAGAGACUUCAGCUAAAUCAAAGAUCAAUGUUAAUGAGAUUUUCUAUGAUCUGGUGCGACAGAUCAACAGAAAAACGCCGAUGGAAAAGAAGAAGACAAAAAAGAAGUCAGGUUGCACUCUGCUCUAAAACGCCCUCCCACAGUCGCUCCAGGCCAGAAACUUGUAAUGAUUAACUGUUUCCCAGUGGAUCGUGCCAGCAUUCCAAGUCCUCUCCAGAGCAUUUUGAAAAAGGCCGACAGAGAAACCUCACCACUCGCAAAAUGGCAGGAGACGGCACAUACUCUCAAGAUACUCUUCUCUGCUUUUUUAAUGGCAAAGAAAUCUGCCUCUCUUUUUUUUUUUUGUACUGUCAGCCUGAUGACAAAUCUUUUUGUCUUUUUUUUUUUUUCUUCUCCGAGGUGUCUUUCUUUUGGAAAUAUCAGUGUAAAAGAAGAGACCGUGGGUUUAAAUCCAUAUAUGGGAACUAAAAUGUUUUAUUAAACGUAACAUCAGUCUUUGGCAUAUUGUGACAAUAUGUUUGCAAAAAGAAACCAUGUGAAAUGUUGGCCUUCUCAUACAUUUCUGCACUAACAGCAUCAACGACGAUACAUCAUUGUCCAAGUUACUCGCUCCUACUUACAAAGAUGUGUAUUGAGAUAACAUCUUUCCUAAGUGACUUUGUUUUAUAUUGAGAGCUGCAAGCCUUCCAUAUUUCCCAUAAUAUAUUCUACUUCCAUUUUUGCAUAAUAAAGCUACGGAAAUUAGUAUUUUAUAGACUGAUGGGGGAAAAUGGUGCGUUCUGAUUUGUGUCUUGAGGCUGAAAAUAUAUUGUACUAAACCAACUCUAAUAUUGCUUCUUGUGUUACCCUGUCACAGAUGAUUUUCCAGCUUUUAUGAAUGAUUAAAUUUUAGUACAUUU